ACUUGUAUGCUGCUUCUGCAGUUCGGAAAACGAACGUUUCUGAGAACAUUGUGAAAGGGUUGACUUGAGAAAACGAUUUGUGGAACACAUUUAAAAUGCAUAUCAUCUCUUGCUGUACAAUCCUCUUUAUUUUGAUAUGUCGUACAAAAAAAAAUGAAGAUGACAAAAACAAUGACUGGAAAAUCACCUUCAAUCCACCAGAAGUGACUGCUGUUUCAGGAUUAUGCGCUCUCAUUUCAUGUACCUUCAUUCACCCAGACAAAGAUAAAGCUCAAACUGAUCAUGAAAAUGUGCAUAAUAAUUCAACUGAAUAUAAGAAUAUACAUGAGAUACAAAUCAAAGGAAAAAAGCUAUUUGAAAAGGACCAGAUUAUGUGGCUUGAACCUGACCUGACCAAAAACAACUGCAGCAGCAUCAUCAAAUUAAUGAAAGAAGAUGAAGGAGAAUAUGUUUUCACAAUUGUGAGGGAUGGCCAAACUUUAUCUAACGCCAGUGUCAAAAUCAUCAUUCAAGACGAGCCUACAAUGAACAUUCCUCCUCUCAGUGAGGGAAAGGAGGCCAAUCUGACAUGUUCAGCUCCUUUUCCUUGUCCUGAAACUCCUCCUAAUAUAACAUGGUGGAUCAGGACAAGAAAGGGAAACAGCAUUGAUCUAAAGGACAACAUCACUCUGAGCACCUCCGAAAACCUCUCAAAUUUGACCUUAACUCCAACCUCUGGCCAUCACGAUGCCACUGUAGGAUGUGACGUGAGCUACGGAAGCAAAAUCAUCAGUACAAGUAGGACCCUCAAAGUCACGUCUGUAAAGAAUCCAGUUCAACUAAUGGAAGGUGACACUCUCAGACUGAACUGCACUGUUGAGAGUCACCCACCAUCAUCUGAUCCUGUAUGGAGUUUCAAUGGAACCACAGAAAUAUUCAUGAACCAAACGUCUGCUGGAACAGUCAUAAUAACCAAUGUGACAAAGGAGCAUGCUGGGGUUUACGACUGUAUGAGGACAAUCCAGAACAAGACCCUGAAUGCAUCCAUCACUAUCAAUAUCAUUUCUGUAAAGAAUCCAGUUCAACUAAUGGAAGGUGACACUCUCAGACUGAACUGCACUGUUGAGAGUCACCCACCAUCAUCUGAUCCUGUAUGGAGUUUCAAUGGAACCACAGAAAUAUUCAUGAACCAAACGUCUGCUGGAACAGUCAUAAUAACCAAUGUGACAAAGGAGCAUGCUGGGGUUUACGACUGUAUGAGGACAAUCCAGAACAAGGCCCUGAAUGCAUCCAUCACUAUCAAUAUCAUUUGUAUAAUAUAUUUCUUGAAGAACUGGGACAUCCCAAAGAUAGUCACAUUCGUGGCAGGAAUGGUGUGUUCGGCGCUCAUCUUCUCAGUGGUUUUGUGUUGUUGGGUGUCUUGCCACAGAGGCAAAAAAUACAAAGUGCCAACUACAAAUCCGGACACUGAGGUUCAUUUGGAGAUGGUGCAGACAGAUACAGCUCAGACUGGAACAAAUGAGGAAACACCUCUUCAGGGAAAGCUUAAUGGUGGGAACCCAAACCCGGCUGGACCGACAGACGGAGCAGAGGAGGAUGAAGCAGUCAGGAUGGAUGCAAAAGAGGUCGACUACGCCAGCAUCGACUACUCCCUUCUAAAGGACAGACCGCCUGAAGAGGAAGAGAAGGAACCAACCGACACAGACUACGCUGAGAUCAAGAAGGACAAGAGAGAUGGGAAGGAAAGAGAAGUCCUUCAGGAUGGAGAUGACCAGAUUGAAACACAAGACCAGAUGGAGGGAGAGGAGACAAGUUAUUCUAACUCAGAGGAGCUGAAAAUUUAAGGAACUACACUCAACAAUAUGACAAUUUGUAAGAUAAUUUUUAAUUAUUAAGUUCAGAUCCUUAAGAAGUAUAAAAUGUAUUAUUUUUGAGCUUUAAUGUGUAUAGCAUUUAUAGUUGGUAAUUGCAACAUAUGACACUUCAUUAGAUUAUUCUCCAACAUCUGUUUAUUUUUUUUUUUAUUGCGUGAAAACAUAAAUUUCCCAAUUUUUGCAAGUAUUUCUUGUUUCUAUAUGCUUUUAAUAUGCAUUUAAUGAUGCUUCUGAGCUUUCUGAAACUGUUGCAAAUUAAUUUGAGUAAAUUAAAUAAAGUUGCUUUUAUUGGUACAAAAGUGUCAGAUUCAUAAAUAAUUCAGCAUUUAAAUUGUUUAUUGUUAUAUGGAGUUGUUAUUUGUCAGCAUACAGGGCUUUGGUGAUUUGGCAAUCAAGGAUAGUUUCUGAAUCUUCUUUCCGAUGACACUUGACCUGAAGUGACUUCUGCAGUUUUUGCAACUGACAGCUUGCAAAAGUAAACUGCAUUGCAAUCAUUUCACAGAGUCACACGUAGGCCUUAAAGCUAAAUCCACAAGAUCUGAAUAACGGCAAAAAAUAUUAGC